CCGGCGUGCCCGCCAUGGCGGCGCCCAGCGUGUUCCUGCUGGCCGUGAGCGGCGAGAUCGAGAGCGGGGAGUUCCCGGGAUUCGAUGACCUCUACUGCAAGUUCUCCUUUGUCUACGGCCCGGACUGGGUCCCCACGGCGGGCCUGGAGGAGGGCAUCUCGCAGAUCACCUCCAAGAGCAGCGUCUCGCCCACCACGCUGGUGUGGAACUUCCCCAUCGACAUCACCUUCAAGAGCACCAACCCGUUCGGCUGGCCGCAGAUCGUGCUCAGCGUCUACGGGCCUGACUUCUUUGGGCACGACGUGGUCCGAGGCUACGGAGCUGUGCACCUGCCCUUCGUGCCCGGCAGGCACAAAAGAACCAUUGCCAUGUUUGUCCCUGAGUCCACCUCGAGGCUGCAGCAGCUCACAAGCUGGUUCACGGGGCGGCGCCCGGAGUUCACGGACCCCAAGGUGGUGGCGCAGGGCGAGGGACGGGCAGGGCUUUGUCACCCUUUCCUUCAACGUGGUCACCAAGGACCUGCACAGGCUGGGCUACGACGUGGGCCAGGGGCCGCACGGCUGCUGAGCCCCGGGGCAGCUCGGGCACCCCAACAGCAGCACCCGGGGCAGCUCAGGCACCCCAACAGCAGCACCCGGGGCAGCUCAGGCACCCCAACAGCAGCACCCGGGGCUCAGGAGCAAGGCUCGUCCUCUCACAGGGCUGAAGUGCUGGGGAAAUUGAUGGUACUGCUAAUAUUCAGUGUUUUAUUGAUGAUUAUCAUAUUUUACUCAAUGUUUUUAGGCGUUGCACUCUCUCAGAGUAACAAAAUAUUUUUAUAGCUGCCUUUUGUACACUUUUUUAUAGAAUUAAUGACACAGAAAGUUUCCAGCUGUAGCAGUUUCCCUGCAGUUAAAAGUUUGCAAACCCAGUUUCUCUUUAGUGAUUUUUUUUUUCUGUUGCAAAUGAGGAAUUGAUAUUGUUGCACCUUCCAAAAUUGGUCCUGUGAAAUGCAUCCCCCUCUGAGCUCUUUUAGGCUGAAUAAACUCUGUUGUAUCAAUAGAUUCAUUUGUCUUUCUGCUGCUAAAGGGGUUUCUUUGUUUGUGCCAGGAUGUUUUUAAGCCCUAAAUCAUCUGAGCUCUGCUGGACUUAAAGGUAGAAGAGAAAAAGAAGUGUUUCAAUGCAGUGACUAAUUGCUGAGUCAUUUUCCUAUUUAAUUUUGGGCAUGUAACCUCUUGUGUUUGACUGCAAAUCCCAGGAGAACAACACCAUCUCCCUAAAAGGGAACUACCAAGACCUCCAAGUGUAGAAAUCCCAGGAAAAACACCCAGGGAUGAACCAGAAAUCCUCCAGGACACAGCUCAACAAAACACCCGGGCAGAGAUUGCUCUGAUCCACAGUGGGAUGGGAUAAAUUUCAUUUCUGAGAACACAAAGUGGUCACUGGGACGUUGCUGGGAGCAGCAGCACCUUUUAUAUGACAUAGAAAUAUUUUUUCCAAACGUUUUUAGGGAUCAUUUUUCAUCUCCUGCCUUGUUUUUGUUGACUCCACACUUCCAGUGCAGUUGUUUUGGUCAUUUUUAAUCUCUGACCUGAGUCACGUUGGAAUCCAAAUCCAGAAGCAUUUCCUGUUGGCUCAGAGGAGACUCGAGGAAUUUUGUUUCCUUUUCAGCAGUUUGGGAAGCAGGAUAAAUAUCUGUGUUUGAAAGGCUUGGGAGGCAAACCCUGCACCUCCUGCUGCUCCUAGGACCCGAUUUCCCCUGGAGCACAGUCCUGCCCACAUUCCAACUGCAGCAAAGCUGGCACAGGAACCUGGCACAGCCCAAACCUGGCGUUUAUUCUCAGCCAGCUCCUCACCCCGGUGCUCCAAAGCCCUGAAUUCCUCCUGUUCCAAAGGAACUCUGGGGUGUUUCACCCCAGUGGGACCAACCAGACCUGAGCCAGCUGCCCCCUGACAGCUGAGGGGAAGGGAGGUUAAAACCAGUGAGCAGCAAAAAUCCUAAACUCCAGAAAACAGGAUUAAAGAACCUUGAGGUAUUUAAGCUGCUCUCUGAGCAGAUCCCACUGCUGCCUGCAUUUUUAGGGGUUUUGCCUAUUUUCUCUGGGUUUAGUUGGAUUUUGGGGUGGUUUUGGGGCUGCUCAAUGGCUUGAGCACAUCUUAGAGCUUCGCUUUCUCUCCUCAAGGCUUGGGCAAGUUUCCUUAGGUUUCCUGUGAGUGUUUCCCUCAGGGGCUGAUGCUUGGAGUUUCCCAAGCCCAAUGCCACUGAUGCCCCUCAGAAACUUCUCCCAGAGAUGCCCUUGCUGCUGCUUUCACCAUUUCCUGGUUGGAAUCUUUGCUCCUCAGGUGUGACAGUGUUUGCACCUGGGGACAGCCUGUGAGUAAAGAUGGACACGACACCGUGAGCAGGGAGCAGUGACAAGGAAGGGAUUUAGGAUCCCUCAUUGUUCAUGAAAGUUAAAUCCUGAAGAAGCAGUGCUUUAGGAACAGCCAAAUCCCAGUAAAACCCAGCAGCAGGGCUCAUGGUGAUUUCCUCUCUGGAACACCCU